UUAUUUAAUUCUGUUUUACAAGAAAACACAUUCUUGGAAAUAUGGAUAAUUAACGUCAGUUAAAGCUGCAAGCCAUUCCUCAUAUUACAGUUAUUGGGAGUAACCCGUCUAAACGUCAUCCUUUGAUAUCACUGUUUUUAACAGGAAUAAAAUGAAGUCGAAUAAUGAUGAGACGUUAUUGUGGCUUAUGACAGUUAUCUCUUUUGCAGUAUUUCAUUCUGGGUAUUGUGGCGAAAUCAUCAUUAUAAAAUCUCAAAUCACCGGCGUUGUUAGAGAAUCAGUGGAUAUUUCCUUUAUUAUUGACACGUUCAAUGGAGAAAGUCUUUUAUCAGUUAAAGUAUUUCAGCUUCCCGACAAGUUAAACCCUGUUGCUGUUGGUUCUUCUUCUGCCUUUACUGUAGCAAAAGGAGGGAGUUUCGGUGGACGAAUACAGGCAAACGUUGAACCAGCAAAGGGGAGAUAUACUCUAGCAAUAAGCACAUUAAAGUACGUCGAUGAAGCAGCAUAUGAAAUUACUGCAACUUUUUAUGAAAGCACAGCCGAAGUUCGUGUAUUGAGAAAAACGAUCGACUUAAAAGUUCAAGGUGGACCAGACAACUGCGGAGAAAGAUUAUCACCAAUCACAUUGGUAGAAGAAGAACAAGCUAGUGUAUUUGUAGCAUUCCUGUGUGGUAACCCGAAACCAACAGUUCAUUGGACGAUAGGAAGAAGGCAAAUUUCCUCAUAUGUGGAUAAUACGCCAUCGACAGGAAUGUAUAAGUACAGCACAAACAUAAAAAUAACGUUAGAAACAUGUGGAGAGACAGUUAGAUAUGUUGCAGCAGGUUAUGGAAGAGAACUCACAUCAUCGACAGUAAUAAAAGUAUCAUCUCUUCCAAAGCCAGUGAAGCAUUUCAAAUAUUAUCCAAUGGGAGGAAACUGUUUCAAAUUUACCUGGCUAGCUCAAAAUACAGGUCUCUGCAAAACUCACUUUGAGCUCCAAUUGUUGUUAAAGAAUAACAAAGUGAAAAGGCAAAGCAUAUCGCCAAUGACAACCGGCACUUUUAUUCAUUGUGAGGUGGACUCUGCAUCGCUGAAGAAAAUAUAUAAAGCGAAAAUAAGAAGUAUUUAUCAAGACGGCGCAACGAGAGUGGAGGGAAGUUGGAGUUUGCUGGAGUUAGAAAAAAGUGGAGAUGAUAAUAAAGAUACUAAUAAUAAUAUCGACUUGACGGUUGGCUUGGUAGUGGGCCUGCUGGCCAUAAUUGUUAUUGUUGUUAUUGGAUUGUGUUGUUGGAAAAAAUCUCGUGAUUGGCUAGUUGACAAGAUAUGCCGAUGCAAAAGGAAAGAAGGGUACGAAGAAUUUGAUAACAAUGGAUAUUGUGGAAACGGUCCGUAUGGAAAUUUAAAAAUCAUUUAUAAUCCUAAACGGAGACCAUACUAUGAACCUUCUGACAAGGGUCCAGCUGGUUAUCAACCUCCACCACUGGAGCCUUAUAUUACACAAGAUCGAAAUCAAUAUACAGACGAAAAAGCAGUGCCAAUAGCACUAAACAACCCGAUGAAGAGAUAUAAAGAGAAUGAAGACGAUGAUUUUCUUGAGGAAGAAGAAAGAGAACGGGAGAAUAACAAAGAUCACUCAAGUAGCAGUCAAGAUCAAGUUGGGCCAAAUAUAUUAAAUCAAGAGAAAGCAAAUGGAGUGAAUCGAAAGAGAGGUAGGAAAGUAUAUGGAGGGGAAAGAAGUGGAGUAAAUCAAGAGGAAGUCGGUGGAGUAAAUCAAGAGGAAGUCGGUGGAGUAAACCAGGAUGAAGGAAAUGACGUAAAUCAAGAAGGGGCGCUCGCAGUAAACCAAGAAGGUGCAAAUGAAGUAAGUCAGGAGAGCGUAAAUGGAGAAAUUCAAGAAGGAGCAGGCGCAGGAAAUCAAGAAGGCUCAAAUGAAGUAAAUCAGGAAGACGUAAAUGGAGUGAAUCAGGAGUGUGCAAGUGGGGCAGUUCAAGAGGGAGAAGGUUCAGGAAGUCAACAGGGAGCCAGUGAAGUGAAUCAGGAUGGAGCAAAUGGAGCAGUUCAAGAGGGAGAAGGUGCAGUAAAUCAAAAUGUUGCAAAUGAAGUGAAACAAGAAACAAUAGAAACAUCCAGCACAGGGGAUAGAUCAAACAAUGCGGAGGGUGGCAAGUCUGGUGUGAAGUGAUAAUAAUAUAAUUUUGCUGCAUCGGGAGAAGAACAUUGCUUCAGAAGGUGGAGAUGCAAUAGCAGAUAGCGCAUUAUAAACGACAAGGAAAUGAGGUUUACCUGUUACGAAUAAUAUAAAAACAAGACUACUAGUUAAGUAAAACCUACAUAAGUAUGUCAAUAUUAAAACGUUGUUGUCAUCAGAAGGGAUAUAUAUUUAUGUUACAACUGCUCCACCUAAUAUGUUUCACGUGUUACCGCGUGAUGCUUAAGAUUUUUCUUAGCUAAUCAGAAUGUUUUAUUCUAUGAAGUUCCGAGAUGCCAUUUUUUUACUUUGAAAAUAGAAGAUAAAUCUAUGAAUUUUCAACCGGCUGCUAACUUCCAACCCUUCUUAAACAUGAUUUCAAGUUUAUGUCCGCUGUAUCAAUUUCUUCUUAAACUUGAACCAUUUUAUUAUAAACUAAGUUUGGUACAUUCAAACAAUCGUCCCCUAAAAUAGCAUAUUAGCUUUAUAUAUAAUAACAUAGAUGGUGUAAAUCAUAUACAACUUACCUAUACGAACUUACUCAUUAAAAUAAAAACAAAACAAUAUUUGUGGGAUUUUUUUUCCUCGGUAGAUAAACGUUACUUGAGGUGAAGUGCAAAAAAUUAAUUGUUUAUAAAAUGUUAAAAUAUAUAUAUUCAAAACGGAAAUUUAUCUGUGGUCAAUUUUUUUAUUACAUUUUGUGCCUUAAAUUUUUUAACUGUUGUUAUUUUGGACACAUUAUAGCAAAAUUUGUUAAAAAAAAAUCAUUUGUGUAUCAAAGAAAAUCGCUAAGGUUGUUUAUGUCAAAGCGUCUCUCCCAGUUGCUUUAAGCUUUUGAGUUUAAACAUUGGCGUUCAAUAUGCUCAAUUUCCAUUGCAUUAAAAUGGUAGGGCUUUCAGAGUUUUUAUUGGUUGUUAUGAAUUUUUUUUCCUCCAAACUACACACGUUGUAAACAUAAAAGAUUGCAAUGCGUAUGCCCACGCUGAAAUUAUUACGCGUAUUGAAAAGUGACUUUUACAGAUUUUUAUGUAUGAGUGUAUGAGUAAAGUUACUCAAAUGGUAAUAAGUCUGACCAUAUAUUAUGUAUAUUUCUAUUGUACUGCAUUUAUAUUUUAGAAGAUGUCUAAAUUUUCUUUUUACUUAAACUUUGCAGACCA